UCUUCACUGCUCAAAAGCCCAGUUGUAAUGAUCGCUUCUCAUUCGACCUCUGCCCACUGGAUGUUCCCAUUGCCCCGGCUGGUUCUGGAAGCCUUACUCCAGACUUCAGCUCUACUUGUCACUAUUACUCAUAGUCAGAUCACCGGUAUGCCGUGGAAUCGAUUCCGUGUGACCCCUGGCAAACCGUUUUCCUUUGCGCGUCAUAGCUGGCAACUUCCACAGGGCUUGCCAAAGCAGGUUCUCAGCGUCCCCAGAUAUUCCAUUACGACUACCUUCACUCACUCCCCCACUUCCAGCUCUCGAAGGAUGUGAUUAUGGCUGUCAGGUACACAGGCUGCCACAUGGAUGAAACGUCCCCACAGUCUAAGACAAUCCACGAGGAGAGGGAUUUAGUUUGGCAGGCAAAAAAAUUGAAGCCUUUGACCAGUGCGCGGAUAGCGUGUGGCCGAGAGGACGGAUCUUAGUACCGAUCUAGGACAAUCACUAGUUGAGCCGCACUAGACACGUGUGUCUCACGCUCGACAAACAAAUGAGCGAUUCCGGGGUUGCCGGCUUGAGCCUCGAGGUCAUAACUCACAUCCCGGUAUUAUGAUAUCGUCAUGCAUUGAGCUGGGUAUUGGGGCCAAAGUUCAUUGUUAGUCACUGAGGAGGACAUUCUAUAGUAUGAGACCGGUAUAGCGCAGCAGAUUUUCUUGAGAGAAAAAUGAAUGUAAGUAAGAGGUAGCUA